AUGACAGAUAAGGUCUCUUUGCCUGGUGCAAUUUUCUGUUCCAUGGCUUGCGAUGAGCAUAUCGAUACUCUCCGGAAUCCUCUAGUGAUGGACACUGAUCAAAUUGGUGCUGACUGCUUGGUGAUUUUGUACGGAAAAAGCGACAUCGGUAAACAGCUCUUGGGAAUGCUCGAACCGCACUUCGCCAGAGUUAUUGUUGCUGAAAACAUAGACUCCCUUCCGGAAAUUCCUGCGCACGCACACAUCUUGUCGCUACAAGAUUACGGCGAUUCCAUGUUUGAGGAUCUGACGGAGCAUCGCUGGAAAAACUUGCAGAGACUCCUCGAGUUACCACAAACGGUACUCUGGGUCACUAGCGAUGCAUUCAGCCUCAACCCAUACGCGGGUAUGUCGAUAGGUUUAUUCCGAAGUCUCUACCACGAGCUCAUGGGGUGCCUGGUACAAGCUUUGGACUGCGAGGCUGGGAACAUGGCCAGUGACUUGAACACGAUUGCCGAACUGGUACUCCGCUUGAAAAAGCUUGCAAGUCUAAGCAAGCGAGAUGAGGAUGUCGAGAUCUUGUGGACUAUCGAACCCGAACUACGCUUGCGUGACGGACGACUGGAAGUGCAACGAGUACGUUCAGCCUGGGAGCGAAAUGAUCGCCUUAAUUCAAGCCGUCGGCCUGUCUUUCAGGGUCAAGACUCUCGCGCCGCAUCCCUCGACUUGCGUUUCGAAAGCGGACGCCAUACACUCGAAGAGACCCAACGUACGAAACCUUCUCCCAAUGAUGAAUUCGUUUCUGUUAGAGUGACGACUUCGUUCUUACAGGCUGUGAAGACACCUAUGGGGUAUGCAUUUGUAAGCCUUGGGUGGAACGAAAACAGCGGAGAGAAGGUCCUGUGUUUAUCCGAGACAAACUCGUCUCGGCUAAUCAUUCACAAAUCUUGGACUCGCACUGUUGCUGCGGACGUGGUUGACCGUCAAUUCUUGUCGCUAGUUAUAGGAGCUUUAGUCAACCAGCAGAUCGUGGACGCUCUGCCUGCAUCUGAAGCUCUAUUAGCGUAUGACCCAGAUCCUGGUCUUGCCUCGCUGUUGUCCAAACAAAUGUCCAUUCAGAACAGAAGCGUCGUGUUUAUGACCUCGCGGGCUAAGAUGCAACACUACCGGGGAAAGUGGGUGUCUCUACAUUGCCAAAGCACCUCGAGAACUAUUGCAAGAUAUCUCCCGAAUGGAUUAUCCACAUACCUGUAUUCCUCCCAUCUGGCAGCCGAUACGGGACGACUUGAGGAACGAAUUCGGCAACUUCUUCCAUCGUCCUGUCGAACUAUGGAUGCUGAUAUUUGCGUAUCGAGACGUGGUUCUGAGUUACCACGAGAAGCUGCAAGCUCUGUCACCGAGCUCUUGCAAAGAAUUACAGAUUUUGCCGAGUCUCAACUGAAUGGUGUUCCAGAUGGGGUUGCUCUUGAGACCCUGUCUUUACAUGAUAUCACUCUCUCAACAGAGCCGUUUUGUGUUUCCGCGAAAUUCCUGGUGGAUUGGGAUUCCGAUGCGAGUGCACCGGUAAAAAUCAGGCCCGUCACUUCUCGGCCCGAUCUUUUCAGUGGCGAUAAAACGUAUUGGCUUGCAGGUCUUUCUGGCGACCUCGGUCGCUCUUUGACAGACUUCAUGGUUGCACAUGGCGCGAGAUACAUUGUCCUAAGCAGUCGAAGUCCCAAAGAAGAUACGCCAUGGAUCGACUGGCAUCUUUCUGAGCAUGAUGCAAAAGUGAAAUAUUAUCAAAACGAUGUCGCCGACCGCGCCUCCGUUGAACAUACGUUCAAACAAAUUACCGAAACUAUGCCACCGCUAGGUGGAGUUGCUCUUGGCGCACUCGUUCUUUGCGAUCGCAUGUUUGCUCAGAUGAAGCUCGACGAGUUUCAACAGGUUAUGGUCCCCAAAGUCCAGGGCACCCUCAACUUCAGUCGACUCUUCUCAGAUGACUCAUGCUCGCCGCCUUUGGACUGGUUUAUUGGAUUUUCAUCGAUUGUGGCUACUAUGGGAAAUCCCGGACAAGCCAACUACUCUGCAGCCAAUUGUUUUAUCAAAGCAGUCAUCAACCAACGUCGAGCUCAAGGUCUGACUGGCUCUGUCAUUGAUAUCUCGCGAGUCAUCGGCGUGGGCUACGUUGAACGAGAGAUGAAGAGCGAUGGGAGACUAACGAGAGAACAAAAGGAGCGUCUUUUCACCGGUUCCAUGACCCUGCCUAUGUCGGAGACUGAUUUGCACCAAUUAUUUGCAGAGGCCAUCGUAUCCGGCAGCCCGGGAGCGGUACACAAUGGCAGUCACGAUAUCAUUACCGGCAUGGCACCAGUACGCAAGGACAACGCACAUCAUAAGUCCUGGCCAAAUAAUCCUAAGUUCGGGCUUCUGGUGAAAGUAGGAGACGAAAGUCUUGUUGAGCUAAGCGAGCAAGCCGCAAAUCGAAUCCCGAUCAAGAAGCUACUUGCUCAAGCGGGUUCACGAGAAGAGGAGGAGAAGAUCCUCAAAGAUUCGUUGAUCAAUAAACUCCGGGCUGUCCUCUUCCUUUCAGGAUCCGAUGCCCCCUUUGACGAAGUGCCACUCAUAGAUAUCGGUGUCGAUUCGCUGGUCGGCGUUGAAAUCCGCGCCUGGUGCCUAAAAGAGUUUGAAGUCGACGUUCCAGUCAUGAAGAUCCUCGGAGGAAUUUCCUUGGAAGGAAUUGUGGAAGAGGUGCUUGAUUCGUUGGCAGCAAAAGAUGGAAAUGAGCAGAAAAAAGAAGAACCUCCCGUCGCAGAGUUGGAAAUUUUGCAGUUAGAGGUAUCAGAGGGACAGGAGAAAGCACCCAAAGAUGGAGAUGAGCAGAAAAAUGUAGAAUCUCCAGUCGCAGAGUGGGAAAAUUUGCAUUCAGAAGUACCAGAGGGACAGGAGAAAGCACCGAUUGUUUUGGACAGGUGA